AUGCUAACUAGAACAAAAGUAACAGAUGACAUAGCGGAUAUUGCUAAUCCUACAUUUCGCCCCGAUUCCAAGCAUGUUGAGGACUUUGGUACUGAUGAAAAAGGUUGUGGUGAUGGAUCAGCUAAUGGACGACUAGUAUCAAUAGGUAUUAAGAAUGAUGAUAUUGAUGGUGUUGAUUAUAUUGAUGCUGACGACGUUGAUGAUAAUAAUGAUAUAUUCGAUGUUAAUAAUAUUGAUAUGGAUUAA